UCACAACAAAAGAAUUUUACAACACCAGAACUUUUUCACUGCGAGACUACAUUCCCUAACAAAAAAUAUAGAAAAUUAUAAUUAUUUAACCAACGAAUUGACUCACAAUGAGCUCGACACGUUUUGCGCGCUCUGGGCGCGUUCGCAUCUGUAUUCUGAUGAGCAUGUUCGUGGUGCUCAUCAUGAUGAUUGUCAUUUACCAAAUGUCUCAACAUCAAUUGGACGAGAGCCGAGCCUUUCAGGAGGGCCUGAACGUUCAGAUGCAAUCCUUAACAGCUGAGAAACUGACGGCCGAGAAGAGAAUGAGUGUUCUGCGCACGGAAAAGGAGAUGUACGAGAAUCAACUAGCGGAGUCCAUACAAAAGCAACAGGAGACAGAGCGUGCCCUGCAGGAAAAGUUUGAUGGCGAGCUGGAAAAGUACAAGCUGCUGGAGUUCAAAUAUUCCGAGCUGGAGGGGGAGUGUGUCAAGAGCAAGAAGAAGCACAUCGAAGAUACGAAUUCAUUCGAUCAGAAGCUGCAAAAACUGUUGGCGGAUGUUCAUAAAGAUAAGGCUUCUAAGGAGCACGAAGUUGCCGCAUGGAAGGAGAAGCAUGAUAGGCUGCAACGGGAGUCGGAGCACAAGAUUCAUGCCCUUGAGGCUACUCUGACCGAAUACAAAGGCAACUGCCACUACAUACCAAAAGUACAGCCCGCAGAGACACCGGCACAGAAUGGCAUUCAACAGCAGUUGAACAAGCCCGCGGAAAUUACACCGACCACGCGUCACUCCAGUCCCUCGCAGCAGGCGCACAGCAUUGACAAGCCGCGCAACGAUAAAUCCUUUAACGCGCAAAUGCAAGUGAGUGAAGGCGUCUACAGGAUUGGCGGCGCGAUUGUACCCAAAUCGCUUACUGAAAAGCAGCAGCAAGAAGAGCCCCAGCUAGCCGGAGGACCCGUCUCGCCCCUGAGUGCUCCGCGCAAGAGCAGCAGCACUGCGGGCGCUGUUGUCAAGAGUGCUGGCGAUGCUCCGAAUGCUUCAGUUGCUCCCAGGCUCAGCAGCAGCAGUAGCGGACUUCCCCCGCUGGCUCUGCCACCGGGCAAGCCAGAACGCAAGCUUCCGGAGAAUGUGGCUCCCAUACCCGACAACUUUGAGGACAACAAAGUGGAAGCCAAGGACGAUGCAGUUGACGCAGACACAGCGGCCGAAGAGCUGCCCAAAAAUGAGAACAACAACCGCUAUGCUAAUGUUGUGAAUGAUCUCGAGAACAACAAGAACUUGGGCGUGGCCCCCAAACCCAUUGAGGACUCGGGUGCACACGAAGUCAAAGAUGCCAUGAACGAGCCCAGUUUCAAUUUGCCUGCAGCCGGGCAAAACCUCUUCGACGGGGAGCUGCCAGCGCCAGGGCCUGGACCGGCAGCCGAUGAUGCUGUCAAACAGUUGGCCGAAGCAGCCGGCGGUGGUGAGGGCGACGACGAUGAUGACGUGGGCGAUGUGGCUGUGAAGCAGCCGCAGCAUUUGCUCGAUACGGACAAUUUGAAUAACGAGAUAGCGGCCGACCAAGGGAAAGAGUUUGCCGAGGGCAUACAUCUCGAGGAUGCCAUGGAUGAGGAUCAAGAUGAGGAUGACUACUCUAACGUGGCGCGUAAAAAGGGAGGCGAAGCCAUUAGAAAUUAAGCGUCAAAAUAGGUUCAAAGCGGCAUUUGUGCAAGGGAUUGGCCUCCAUUUUUAUGUUUAAGUCUUGCUCCAACAGAGCAUUGAACAAAUUUCCGGAAGAAAACACGAAGAAUUCCCCUUCAAAUCGGAUCAACGAAUACACGGAUUAUGUAUUAUAAUUGAAGACUAGAAUAAUCGAUUUCUAGUGUCAGCACGCCGCCCUAAGGAAUAGACCUACUUAGUGCAUAAGUAACGUUCAGUCUCAUCAUUAUCAUUAUAUUUUUACAAUACGAAGGAAAAUACCCAUAGACGGAAAACUAAGACUGUGUUCUGUUCAGCUUUAAAACGCAUGUGUCACAAAGAUAUGUAGCUGCAUUCUAUUUCUUAAAUUCUUAAAUGAACCAUUUUCCAUCACAGAUUUAAACACGCUUCGGCUUUGCAUUCAAUCAGAGAUCUUGUACGUUUUAUACUCUUUGUUUUCUGUGAUAAAAUCUUUUGCCACA